AAAGAGAGGGAAAGGGUUUUGGAGGCAGGAGAAAAAUGUGGUUGAUUUAUGUGUGUGAUGAGGAAGAGAAGGAAUUGGGAAGGCAACAAGCUCCAGGGUCAUGUCCUCACUGUGGAGGCAAAGUAGAAGCUGUGGAUGUUGAGGCUCAGUGGAAGUUUUGCUUUCUCCCCAUGUGUUUCAAGAUCAAGAGGAAGUACUUCUGUUCUCUCUGCUCCAGGCGCUUGGUCUUGUACUACUAGCUCAAACCAAUAAGCACCCGGCUCAAAUUAAGACCCAGAAAUGAUUUAGGUUCUCUCUUUGUUUGUAAUUAAUCUCUCUCUCUCUCUCUCUCUCUCUCUCUCUCUCUCUCUCUCUCUCUGUGUUUCUGAUGUGUUUCUGGUUUUGGGUACAAUGAGAUUCAGGAAAUCUAGCUAGCUAGGAGAUUUGGGUUUUGUACAAAAAGAUUGUUAGAUUUGGGGGAAAUGGGUUCUUGAUUUGAAUGCCAUUGACAUUGAUUGGUUAGUAGCAUUGUUCAAUUUGGGUCUUUCUACUCAAUUUUUUAAUGAAACUUAUGAGGUUGUAAGCUUGCUCUAAAUCAUGUUUAGAGGUGAUCUUUAGUACUUCAUUAUUCAUUUUCCUCGUUAAUCCUCGUAUUAUUAUGGAAAAUCUGGUUUAGAUAUUUGGUGUAGAGUGCAUAAGGCUUAUUUUCU